AGAGAAAUCAGAAAAAUAAAACGCAAAACGAUCACAGCUUGGUCUAAGCAACAUUCUAUCUUUGUCCAUCUCUCUCUCCCACGAAGAAAACCUAGAAAGAAAGAAAGGCGGUUGAAGAAGAAGAGAAACCAUGGCAGGAGUUGGACCGAUGACUCAGGAUUGGGAACCCGUUGUGAUCCGUAAGAGAGCUCCCAACUCUGCGGCUAAGCGCGACGAGAAGACUGUCAACGCUGCUCGGAGAAGCGGCGCCGAUAUCGAAUCCGUCAGAAAAUUCAAUGCUGGAACCAACAAAGCGGCUUCGAGCAGCACCUCCUUGAACACAAAGAGGCUCGAUGAUGAUACUGAGACCUUAGCUCAUGAACGUGUGCCUACUGAGUUGAAGAAAGCCAUCAUGCAAGCCCGAGGGGAGAAGAAGCUCACCCAGUCCCAACUCGCUCAACUGAUCAACGAGAAGCCACAAGUGAUCCAAGAAUACGAGUCUGGUAAAGCAAUUCCGAAUCAGCAGAUCCUUUCUAAGCUGGAGAGGGCACUUGGAGCUAAACUCCGCGGAAAGAAGUAAUAACAAAACCUCCUUCAAAAGUUUAAAAACUGAACAAGCUAAUCACGGUUGUGUCUCCAGUUCAUAAACCCUCUAUAUAUAUAUAUGCCUACUGCUUUAAUGGUUUAGUAAUCUUUUAUGGUGUAAGAACGAAACAAAAGCUGUUAUUGGAACCAUUCGUCAUUAUAAAUUAUAAAACCAAAGUUCGGUGUA